AUGACACAUGAGAAACAGAAAGGGCUCUUCAACUGUUGGACGGAUGAGAGAGUGGGCAUUGCACUGCUGGCUGAAGUUAACCUUCAAUGGUCAGCAGUGCCCAGAGGACUCAAGUGGUUUGAUUGGGUCAAGUCCUUCACUAACCAGGGACAUUUCUCUUCAGUGUCUUACUACAAACACCAGGAGUUUCCAACUCCCUCGGCGCAUCAAUGGGGCGGAUGUUCUGCUACAUUACUCCACAAGGUCGCGCGCCGUGCAAAGUCAGGCGGCAAAGAUGAGUCAGGGCUAGGCAGGUUCUCAUGGAUCAAGAUCCGGGGCAGGGACAUCCGACAGCAGGAGUCUCAGACUGAUGGGCCCCCGGCUGGUCCUUUAGAUCUUGUGGUGGUCUCUGCAUAUCGUCCGAAGAAGGAAGGUACCAAUGCUGGUAGUGUUUGGAACUACCAACGGAAUUACUGGCUGAGCAAGGGGGUGCCUAUGGAUCCCCGUGACAAGCUCACUCUGGAUUUGGUGGACCUGAUCAAACAAUGGAAAAGGGAAGGGUGCGAGAUUCUCCUUGGUUUAGAUGCAAACGAAGAUGUCUCGUGCAACUCUCCCUCUUCCUUCCGCCAAGAGAUGCGGUCAGCAGGCCUGACCGAGGCCAUCUUACGCCGACAUUAG